UCGAGAGUCUAUGAUCGCACGUGCGUUGAAAUGUGCAUCCUGGUAGAUUACAAUCGUUGUCAAUGCUGUCAACCUUUUUCCGUAGUCUCAUGAACUAGCGUAAACCAAUCAGGGCAGUUUUGUGCUGAUGCUUUUCUUCGAAGCGUGUCGGAAUUGUUUUGGGAUGUUGACGUUUCGUCAGUUGGUCUGAAAUGCCUCGCGGUGCGUGGCGCGUGAUGUUUUUACAACAUUCGUUUUGUCAGAGCGUGAUCGCGUAUCAUCGCUAAUUGCAGCUCAUAAUUGAUGAGGUUUAGUAGACAUCUUUGCAUAGAAACCGCCCUUUUGAGCUCGGGAAAGCGACUAUGAGCUCAGGACUCAAAGGGAAACUUUUUGGUGGCAGCAAAGUCAAAAGAGCCCGCUCCUUUUCCGGCAGAGAAAAACAGAAAUGGACGCCAGCGAAAGACGCGAAAGAAGAUACAGCCACAACUGUCAGUGAUUCAGAAGCUAAGAGCCAUGCACGACGGCCAAGACGAAGAACCACAGGAGGGUCGGAGGCCGGACAAGAUAUCGAAAAGGCAAAGAGAUUGCAUGCACAGGGAAAUGGGAAUUCCAGUGAACCGGACAAUCCGGCUGCCCAGACACUUUCACGUCAGCAGAUUAUUGCCAUGGUAAAGAAGCGGUUUGGUUUAAAACCAGGGGAGCAAAAUGAAAGCAAACCAAAUGGAAUACAAGAAAUACCGCCGGCCAUACCGCCACUUCCAGCUUCAUCUCCUAAACAGAAAAGAUAUGAACUACUUUUGGACAAACCAGGGUCAUAUCCAACAAUGCCAAGAAGAGAGGAAAACCACGUGUCUCACACAAAUUCCACCCCAGGGGUUGUGUACCUUCAAUAUGGCGAUGAGAUCAAACGUGCCAUGUUACCAGCAGGUUUGGAUGAUCUUCAACAAGUACAGUCAAUGUUCAACCAAACAUUCCCUGAUAAGAUCAAGAACAAUGCAGACAACAGAAAGACUAUCUACAUCAAAGACAACUCUUGUGGAGUUUUCUAUGAGCUGGACAAUGUUGGUGAUUUGUCAAACAAGUCUCAUCUAAAGGUUCUAGAGUCCAGGCCCUUCCAGAAUGGUCCAGUCUCACACUCUGUCAGCAGCUCAACAGCUGUACACACUGGAGCUCAGGUGACCAGCACACCCUUACCCAAUCACAGUCAUGUCACUCCAGCUGAUGCAAUUCACAGUGCCCACAAUGUCAAAUAUACAAAAACAACUACUGUAACAAGACAAGCCAGUGGAGGUCCAAGUGUAACAACGGUGACUAGAGUUGUUAGUAAUGGCAAUGAGGAAGACGAGAAUACAGCUCCACACUCAGUGACUAGCGGAACUCUGAUGGAACAGAAGAAAGUUCCUCUACCUGGUCUCGGUGCUAGUCACAAUCUGAAACCCAGAAGAGCUUCUCGUGAUCCAGUUGAGGAUCAAAUUGACCAUCUCACCAACAUGCUGCAAGAUGCCCUGAAAACAGGAAGCCAUGACAGUUUACCUACAAAAAAUUCCGAAGGAAGUGCAUCAAGCUCACAGAGCAGUUUUAUUGACCAUGGUUCCUUAGAAGGUAAUGAACCAAGUCGUUUGCAGCCCUUUAGAACACGUGUGAGGAGUGAUUCUGGAAAUGAGUCCCUGUUGUCUGAUGUUAGUCCAUCCACACCUGUAGAAGGAAAACCAAAACAGGUACCAGCACCUCCCCCAAGAGCUUCAAGUUCCAGAGAAUCAUCUUUAAAAUACAGUCAGACAUUGCAAAGAGAUUUCAGCCCAAGAGGAGCCAAGAGAGACAUCAGUGUACAAUACCAGACACAGACUCUGCCUCUGCCUUCAUCGAAACCAAAACAAAGAUUGCUAGACAGUCCCAUGCCUUUGUCAUCAAGCAGUUCAACAUCAUCUGGCAGCCAUGCGUCAGUCAAAUACGAAGGACGUGUUAAGGACCAUAAAGCUCUAGAAGUGAGAACGUCAACACUCCGCGGAGACCUGAGAAUGCUUAGAGCUGAGCUCACUCAGCUGAAACAGUUCCAAACUUUCCAAGCGCAACAGUUUGAUGAAAUGAUCCAAAGGGCCAAGGAGCAGAUUGUGCAGCGUGUUGCUCAAACAAGCAGUGGGGAUGACAGUGGUUUGAAAUCCAGAAGACAGAAGGUCCAAGCGGAAGAGAUGACCUAUGUUCAAGGAAAAAAUGACAUAAACCGGCAUAUCAGUGAGCUUGAGAGCGAAGUGGAGAUGCUUCGUUUGGAUGUUGUGCAAAAGAGGUGCAUUGCCAAUCCUGCUGAGGUUGACAGUCUCAACAGUCAGUUGGGAAUUAUAAGCCGUCAAGUUUCAGAUCUUAAGAGUCAAUUUGCAGAACUCCAUGACAACAUGAAAUCAAUCAUGGCUUCAGAGUUAGAGGUUAUUGUUCAGGGAGAUAAAUUUUUGAAGGAAGAACCUUCUAAACUAGAGAACCUUGUCAGUCGAUGUAAACACAUUACUGGAACGUUAUAUACAUUGCAAAAGUUGGUGACUGCACAGCAGCAGAUUAAGAGUGAGAGCGAAGCCUCAUUCAGCUCUUUAGAGGAAGUUGACAGAGAAGUGAUUGAAAGUAUACGUUCAGUCAAAAGGGAAUAUAUAGACAAAAGAGGAGUGGAACAUAAUUUUACAGAGGUUUCAAAGUCACCUGCAAGGGCACGUCAGAGAGUUCGCUUUUAUGAUGAAGUGACCCAGCUACCAUGAAUCACUGAAAAUUGCUCAGAUGUGAGAAUUACUAUGGAAACAUGCUUCCUCAGAUGAUCUUGGUGCAAGCAAGUGCAGACAAAAGAUGCAGUUCACAUUAAUGAUGGCAAAUCCAUUCCAGUUUGGAUAAGAUCACAAGGAGAGUUUUUGAGCAAUGGAAGUUUGUUUUUCUUGGGGCUAGAUACUGUUGGCAGUGACAUCUCAACAAAAAUCAGAAAACGGAAUGUUUUCAAUUCUCCUGGUGUCGAGCAUCAGGGAAAUUUUAGUGGUAUAUUUUAAAGCUUUCUCUUUUUAAUAUUGUAGUAAAUUAAUGCAUUCUGUCAGUGCUGUUUUACUGCUGGGAAAACCUUUUUUUGAUCACGUUUUCAAAGAUUGUAUCUAAAAUUUCAUGAAGUGUUAAAUACGAGUGAAAAUUAUUCAUUGCCAUACUAAUUCUUUAACGAGAAAUUAAAUUUUUUCAGCAUUUUUGUUGAGGAUGGCAAAGUUUUCUUAAUUUAUUCUUCAAAGAAUCAAAUUGCAGGUGUGAUUCCUAAUCAUGCAUUUGGCUACUAAUUCUUUUGUUUUAAUAUAAACAAAAACAACAAGAUAGCUUUUAUAGGCAGCUAUAGAAAUGAUUUUAAUAUAGAAAAUGUUGCACCUUGAUCGUGACAAAAAAUAUAUAUAUAUAUAUUUCGUACAAUUUUUCUUAGUCUGAGACAGAUCUUUAAAUGUAAAUAUUGCUGAUGAAAAAAGUUGUUUCCAUUCAGUUUUCUUCAAAACUUAGACAUCAAGUAACUUCUACGUUUGUUAUGUGACUGGUAAUUCAUAUUCUAGAGUGCUAAUUGGGAGAGUUUACAUCUAUGAUAUAUUGGUGUUGUGAUACAUUGCUGUAUUUAAGUUAUGUGCUCCAUAAUGCCCUGUUAGUUUGAAACAUUGUUUAUUGCUCACCCCUGGUAGUUAGAAUAAUUGUUAUACUGCACUUUUGACCACCACAUUUUCUAGUGAUCUUGGUGUGGGCAUAAUGAUAAGAACUCCUGGAAUUCACAGCUUUUAGAGGCAUUGUUAGUAUAUUUGAUGUUUUUAAAAAUUGCCUCAAAGCUUUAGGGCUUACCUAAAUCACAGAGGUCUUUAAAUAUUUGUAAAGUUGUUGUCCUAUGGCUGAACUUUUUCAGUACCUUAAGAGCCAUUUUACUACUGAUUGACUGAUUAUAGUAGAUUUUUCCUGAGGGAGGAGUGGGUAGCCACCUGUUUGGGGGGAGGGGAAGGGGUAAAUA